UUUCCGGAUGGUAAUGGCACAAACCAGGAAGCGACGGUUCUCCAUGGCACCUCACCGCUUAUCUAAAAAGACUUCGUUAUUAUGAAACUUCUCGAUUGCAGCUGCGGUACAGUUGUAGGCCUGUUUACCGUUCUAGUUGUUUUAAUUGCAGUCAUUUUUUAUCACUUGGAAAAUUCAGAGUCAGCAACGUAUCCCAGAAUGGCGCAUGAUAUGAAGACGCUGGAGGAGAAUUUCAGGCAAAAAAAUAAAAGCUGUUUUAUUCUGGGCGCUUCCGGGGAGACGGGUAAGGAACUGCUGAAAGAGAUUGUAAACAGAAAGAUCUUCUCGAGGAUCACCCUGAUUGGGAGACGACAGCUAACCUUUGAAGACAAAGCGUACGAAAGUCUGGUUCAGGAGGUGGUCGAUUUUGAGAAGCUUGAUGACUACGCCGCUGCUUUUCAAGGCCACGACGUGGGAUACUGCUGUCUGGGGACAACGAAAGCCAAAGCAGGAACUGAAGGCUUCAUCCGCGUGGACCACGACUACGUGCUGAAGUCGGCGCAGCUGGCCAAAGCCGGGGGCUGCGGCCACUUCCACCUGGAGUCCUCCAAAGGGGCGGACAAGACCAGCGGCUUCCUCUACCUCAGGGUGAAGGGAGAAGUAGAGGCGGACGUCGGGGAGCUGGGGUUCGAAAGAUAUUCGAUAUACAGGCCUGCGGUCCUGAUGGUGGACCGGCAGGAGUCCAGGCCGACCGAGUGGCUGGCCCGGAAGUUCCUGGCGCCCCUGUCGGCCGCCUUCCCCACCGCCAUGUCCAUCCCCAUCGCGUCGGUGGUGCGAGCCAUGGUGGCCAACACGCUGCUGGAGGGCCAGGCCAAGGCGGAGAUCCUGGAGAACAAGGCCAUUUACAACCUGGGGAAGGUCGCGGAGAAAUAGGAAACACCAAACCCAACCGUGGCCAUAGGGGGGGGACUCUUAUAAACUCUGCUAGAGUUGAGUUUAACACUGGACAUUACAUUACAGGCAUUUAGCGACUUACACAGCAUUUUUCUUUUACAUAGCAUUUACACUGCACCUGGAUAUAUACUGAAGCAAUGCAGGUUAAGUACCUCGCUCAAGGGUACAACGGCAGUGUCCCACCUGAGAAUUGAACCUGCGACCUUUUGGUUACAAAAACAGUUCCUUAGCCAUUAUGCUACACUGCCGCCCUGCCAUUUUUGCUGUGUGAGAAGUAGCACAUGCAGUCGGGAGCUUAUGGUUCUGGGGCUCUGUGUGCUGAGAUAUCGAAAUUUAGAAUUUAAAAUCCCCGUGCAGUGGCUUCGUUUUUUGCUCCAUCCAGGUUAACGUUUAAAGUCAUUCACGGCGUGUAAUCUGCUGUGUGAGUCGCACCGGGAAAUUACUAGUGUUAAAUCAACUCUAGCAGAGUCAAAACGGAACGUCAUUAUUUACAGGUGGUCUAUAAGAGUUUAUUUUACAGUGAAGAUGUUGGUGUUGUAGAACCCUAUAAUGCUGAGAUCUUCAGACGUUAUUUCAAUCACAGUUUGCAUUUUCUCCCUGGCAGUUUCAUUUUACACUUUGGUCGGGUUGGAACGGGAACAGAAAUGAGUGCCUUGACUAUUUUGUAUGCAUAAAUGUUGUUUUAUGUCAUAACUGAACUUGAAUACCUAGUAUAUGUCUGCCUUUGACGGAGAAGACACUAAUUGAAUUUUACAUGGUGCACACAGAUAACAUAUCCAUAUACUGUACAUACAUUUCUUUUUCUGACCAAAAUACAUAUGAUAUUCAGAUUCAAUACAUGAAUGUCUCAUCUUGCGUUGCAUUUUGUGAGUCUGCCAUUUUGCUUUCUGUACAGUGUGCGCAAAUCUUUAUUCAUCAACAUUAUGUGACCGAUGACCGAUUUCAUUAUUUGUAUAUCGUGAUGCUGUACUCGGAGUUGUAAAAACGUAAUAAAUGGGAUAUGAUAUCGCCAAAA